AGAGAGAGAGAGAGAGAGAGAGAGAGAGAGAGAGAGAGAGAUAGAGAAAGAGAGAGUGAGAGUGACAGAGAGAGAGAGAGAGAGUAAGAGAAAGUGAGAGAGACAGAGAGAGAGAGAGUGAGAGUGAGAGAUAGAGAAAGAGAGAUAGAGAGAGAAAAAGAGAGAGAAAGAGAAAGAGAGAGAGAGAAAGAGAGAGAGAGAGAGAAAAAAAAAGAGAGAGAAAGAGAGAGAGAGAGAGAGAAAGAGAGAGAGAGAGAGAAAAAGAGAGAGAGAGAGAGAGAGAGAGAGAGAGAGAGAGAGAGAGAAGGCAAAGCGGGUGACGAGACGAGACGUUAUUGUGACGAGAAUGAGACCUCGCAGGCGUCAGUGUGUCGUGAUCUCGGUGGUUUUGUGUUUACUUCUGUUUGUGAGCUCACUGUGGCUGCCUCAAGAAGUGUUUCUGAGCUGUGAUCAGUCAUGGCGGCCGUGUCUGAGUGUGUAUACAGCAUCCAGAGAGAUCGUUCAUGAUUUGACUCCUUCACCUGGAAGCGAUGUCAUCAGAGAGUGUGCUGGACAGAAGUUUCAAGUGUCCCGCCUCCUCCACCGUCUAAACUCCGCCCUCGGCCCCGCCUCUGACGUUCUCUUGGAACCGUACCUGCUCUGCUGGGAGGAGCUGAUCAAGUUUAUGGAGUCUUUAGGUCCACUGGUGGGUUUCUUCACUCAUAAGGUUGAAGAGAAGAUCAUCCUUAUCCGACACCUCUCGCAGGAAGAAGAAGCUGAUAAACACAGAAGCGUCCCACAUCAGCCUACCCACAAUCCUCAGCGCGCAGGGCCUCACCACGCCUAUCACUCAGUGCGCUCCAUGCUGGAGGCGGAGCUGCAGAGGGGCGUGGUCUCCUUCGACAGUCAGACGGCCUCCGGGAGCCGGACCCUGCUGCGUCUCCAUCGCUCAUUGCUAUGGUUACAGCUGCUGCUGGAGAAGCUGGGGGCGGAGCCCGAGGGGCGGACCAUGGGCGAGCUGUGUCGUGAAGCGUACUUGCAGGUGUUAGCACCGCAUCACCCGUGGCUUCUACAGAGAGCCGCUGAACUGGUGUUCAGCACCAUGCCGGAUCGCACCGUCUUCCUGCAGCUCGUGUGUGUGCGCAGACAGGAAGAGGCGGAGCCUGUGAUAAACAUCAUCGUCACAGCCAUCCGAGAAAUUCACCAGCGGAUAGAGAGAGAACUGAACAUCAGAAACAUGCUGGAGCUGCCGUAACACACACGCACAUGGUUCCAAAUACGGUACAUGAUUUGAUUCUGGAGACAGUGCAGGGUGGUUGUCAGAGUGUUGUGUUGCGGUGGUCCUCAUGUACAAAACAUCAUCCAUGCAGUAUCUGUACGUCUAUUACGUUAUAACACAUAUUUCUUGGUAAUAGAUCCUGAUAUUCGUGUUCACACAUUUGAAUGUUUUCAUGUGUAUGUGUGUAGAUAUAUCAAUCUGUCUCUCCUUCACAUCUGCAGUCGACUGUAUGCUGUUUUCCACAACAAGUAACAUUGAGUUUUAUUCUCAGUGUGUUCAGUAUUCUUGUAUGAUCAGGAAAUGUUUUGUCUGUCUGAGAACACGCAUGACCGGUCAAAGGUUGGACACAUUAUUUAUUAUUCAAGCACAAAACCAUUACAACUGUGAAAUAAAAUAUUAAGUAAACUUUAAA